UUCUCAUAAGAAAUGAAUUUUGGUCGGAGAUUACUGCAGAUGCUGGAUUCAAGAGCAGCAGGAGGUAAUUAUCCUUCAUUUCAGAAAAUUGUGAGACAUCGUUAUUACGCUUCUGCUGGUGGUUAUAGUAUAUCACAACUUGAACGUUUUGUGAGGGAUGGGUGUAAGUCUGGAAGAAUUAGGAAUCUUGAUGAUGGGUUGAAAUACUUCGAUCAACUGAUUUCGGAAAGACCAUUACCAUCAAAUAUUACAUUUAAUCAUGUAUUGGGAUCAUUGUCGAAACUCAAGUGUUAUUUAGAUGUGAUUCUGUUGUAUAAGAAGAUGAAUUUGGUUGGAGUACAAACAAGUAUUGUUACAUUGAGCAUUUUGAUUAAUUGCUGUUGUCAAUUAGGAAAAGUUGAUCAUGGUUUUUGUUUGCUUGGAGAGAUUAUUAAGAGAGGUCAUCAUCCUAAUACUAUCACUUUCACCACACUCAUUAAAGGGUUGUGUCUACGAGGGAAGAUUGAUUAUGCAAUCAAAGUGUUCGACAAAAUGACUAAGAUGGGUAUUCAACCUAAUGCUGUUACAUGUAAUACUCUUAUACAUGGGCUGUGUAAAACUGGUCAAGUGGGUCCUGCUCUCAAGUUAAAAAAUAACAUGCUUAAAUGGAAUUGCAGACCAGAUGUUGUUUCAUAUAAUGUCAUUACAGAUACUCUUUGUAAAGGAGGUUUACUUGAUCAAGCUAUGGUUCUCUUCACUGAAAUGCUUGGAGAUUCGAAUGUUGUACCCGAUGUAGUUGCUUACAAUAUUUUGAUUAAUGGGUUUGGCAAUUCAGGGAGGUUAAAGGAGGCAAAGAGACUAUUUAAUGAGAUGGCUACUAGAGGAAUUUCUGCAGAUUUGACAACUUACAGUACUUUAAUUCAUAGUCACUGCGUACACGGUCAAUGGAAAGAAGCAAGAAAAUAUUUUGAUGAAAUGAUGGAUCGAGGGAUUUCGCCCAAUACAGUAACUUUUAAUAUCUUAAUAGAUUCACAUUGUAAAGAUGGGAUGACGGAAGAUGCUUGGGGGUUAUUUGAACUAAUGGUGAAGAUAAACAUAAAACCGGAUCAGAUUACUUAUAAUUCAAUGAUGGAUGGUUUGUGUUUGGUAGGUCGGUUACAAGAUGCAGUUAAACUGUUUGGGUCGAUGUUGGAUAGGGGCCUAGAGCCAAGUCAGUUCAGCUACAAUGUGUUGAUUGAUGGGUAUUGCAAGAAUCGUAAGUUGGACGAAGCUAUGCAGCUUUUCAAGAAAAUGAAACAAAAUGGAUUGAAACCCACAAUAUUUACUUACAGUAUACUAUUAAGGGGACUAUACCGAGAUAGAAGAGUUAGGGCUGCAAAGAAUUUGUUUAAUGAGAUGCAAACUUUUGGUUUAUCUCUAGAUGAAGUUACAUAUGGUACAAUGUUGGAUGGACUCUGCAAGAAUGGAAAAAUUAAUGAAGCGGUAGACUUGUUUAAAUCCCUGGAGGGUACAAUUAUCUCAGCUAAUAUUUACAUGUAUACUAUUCUUAUUCAUGGUUUUUGUCGGGCAGGCAAUUUGGAAGAUGCAAGGAAAUUGUUUGAUGAAAUUCCAAGAAAAGGAUUGGUGCCUAAUGUAGUAACUUAUACCACGAUGAUGGAUAGCCUCUUUCGAAGCAAGAUGUUAUUGGAAGCUAACAAAUUAAUUAUCGAAAUGGGUGAGAAGGGUUGUUCACCAAAUGUUAUAACAUAUAAUACCAUCAUUAAGGGUUUUCUUACAGUAAAGGAGACUGACAAGGCAUUGCAGUUUCUUAUUAAGAUGCGUGAAAGAGAAUUUGUACCGAGUGAUUCUGUUGUUUCUUUGUUAACUAAGACUCUCUCGGCAGAUGAGCUAAAACAAUUGUAG